UUUACAAUAAUACUCACGCGCUUUGCACAAGGUUACUUCCGAAAGUACCAAAGUUCGAGAAAAUCAGAAGAAAAAGCAACCCCUGCAACAUACGUGCAUUUCACCUUCAGGCUUCAUCCCUCUUGCAUUGUUGAAUGCUGCUGCAAAUCAAACCCAUAUCAGUGUAGUAGUUUAUAUAUGGCUUUAAAAGUGUAACAGUCAAAGUCCAAGUCAACCAAUAUGGGAAAGGGAGAUGGGAAGAAUGAGCGGACGCCAAAGGUUGUGAAACAACGUAGAAAUUUGAAGUCGAAAAAGUUGGAGUUUAUCGGAUGGGGUUCUAAAUCUUUAAUCGAGUUUCUUCAAUCAAUCGGGAAGGACACCGGCAAGGAACUUUCUCACCAUAAGGUGACCGCCAUUGUCGAUGAUUACGUGCACAAUUUCCAGCUUCUUCAUCCUCAGAAAAAGAAAAGGGUCAUCUGUGAUGAAAAACUUCAUUCUCUGUUUCGAAAGAAACAAAUUCCUCGAAUUAAAAUACACGAGCUCCUGCACUCUCACUUUGCUGAUAACCGUGAUUCUUCCGAGGAUGAUCAUUCGAAUAGUUCAGAAGAAUACGAGGAUGUAAAUUCAACACGCGUGAAACGAAAGGUUUCUAGUGCGGAGAAAAAAGCUCAUAGUCAAACUGAAAAUGCGUCGGGGACUUUGUUAAGCUGCUUUGCAGCUAUUGUUCCGGAAAACGUAAAGCUUUUAUAUUUAAAGAGGAGUUUAGUUCAGGAACUUGUUAAGCAGCCUGAAAGCUUUGAAGAAAAAUUGUUAGGAAGUUACAUCAGGAUAAAGUCGGAUCCAUUGGAUUUCUCUCGGAAGACCUCGCAUCAGCUUCAUCCCGUUACAGGGGUAAAAAAUGUUGGCUUACUUGAAGAAAUCCUUCUUCAAGUUCCAAACAUGAUUAAAGACAUACCUAUCCGUAUGCUCUCCGAUGAUGACUUCUCAAAGGAAGAAAUUGAGGAUUUAUGUCAGAGAAUUAAGGAUGGUUUGCUUAAGAGGCCUACCGUUGUGGAGGUUGAACAAAAGGCCCAAAUCUUGCAUGAGGAUAUAACAAAACACUGGCUUCCAAGAGAACUUGUCCGUUUACAAAACCUAAUAGAUCGUGCCAAUGAAAAGGGAUGGCGCAAAGAACUAUUUGCGUAUAUAGAAAGAAAGAAGCUGCUUCAAACACCAUCGGAGCAGUCAAAGUUGUUGACCGAAGUACCAAAGGUGACCGCUGACAAGUUAGAGCCAGAAUACACAACGCCACCGGAACAACUAAAAGAUAUACAAAAGCCCGAUAAUUUACCACUCGUAGCUCAUAAAGAUGUUCCAGAUCCCAGUAACAAUUUAGAAACAGAUCAGAUGUUGCCAUUGUGUUCCAAUGCUGAAGAAGAUGAAGUGAUAAUUCUUGAAGUGUUUGAUAAAUGCAACACAGAACCAACAAAGAAUGUGGGUUCUGGAGAACGCUUGACAAGCGUCCAAAGAGUAGAAGACAAGCAGAUGCCGGAGACCAAAUGUUCACGUCAGAUAAUUGACUUGUCAAACUUGAUUGAACUAAGUGACGACGAAGAGGAAACCCAUGAGCAAGUGGAUGAAGCAAAAACACACAGGCAAGAGGACGAGAAUGAAGUCUCCCGUCCGAAAUGGUUCUACCUGGAUCCACAAGGACAAAUACAAGGGCCCGUUUCAAGAUUUGAUCUGAACAAGUGGAAUGAUUACGGCUAUUUCUCGUUCGAUUUUAAGGUUUGGGAAGAUGGUCAGACGCCGGACCGUGCUAUCUUAUUGACAGACAUGCUUUCAAGCAAUAGUAGCAAAUGAUAACAGUUGCUUAUUUUAGUUAGUUGUAGCUGUUUUCAUUUAUGCUUAAACUAAGGGGGCAUCUUUUGUUUUUUUUUUUGUGGGUCAGAUUAUUUUGCUCAUCAUUAUAGUCAAGUUUAAUAAACCUUAAUCAUAGUUUUCCUGUAUAUACUUGUUUUUGAGUUACUAAUGUUGAAUGAUUUUAUCUUAUUUUUCUA